AUGGUUCUAUACCAAAUCACUUUGGUUUUCUCAGCUCAAUUACUUUUCGUCAUUUUUCUUGACUACAUGCCGCCAACCUACUGUACAGAAGACAACUUUUGUUAUAAAAUGAAAAGUAAAUGUUUGACGGAUUAUGAUCACAACGCUCAUAAUUUGUGUCCAGUGAACAUGACAGGGAACAGAAGAGAUUGCAUAAUGGACCACAAGAAACUGUAUUUUUAUAGUGCACAAUACCAAUAUCAGCAGGAUUGUACAAUGCCGUCAGGAAUGCAAGUCGUUUUCAACAUAUCCGCUGUCACUUUCAUUGGAGUCCUUUUGGGAAACAUCAUUCUCGGUAUUCUAGCUGAUAAAUACGGUCGACGAACCGUUUAUUUCCUUUCUCUUCUCUUUGGAAUCCCGUGUCUCGUCCUGUCUGCUCUUAUCAAGAAUGUCACUUCAUUCUAUAUUUUCCGUCUUCUGACUGGAAUCGCCAUAUCUGGAACAUUGACAGUUGGGUAUACGUAUGCGAUUGAGAUGAUUUCUGCGAAUAGAAGAUUGAGGAUCUUUGCUUUUGCCAAUUGGCCAAAUGCCCGAAUGAUCCAAGUCGGUCUCGCCUAUUUCACUCAGGAAUGGGCGAGAACCACCUAUACAACUGCUUCAAUUGCCUGUCUGGCCCUUCCCGUUCUCUGGUAUCUUCCAGAAAGUCCAAUUUGGUUGGAACAAAAUCACAAAUACGAAGAAGCGUCGAGAGCCAGAAAACGAAUCGAAAAGAUUAGUGGAGUGACAGAAGAUCAUCAUAACUCGUAUGAAGUUGUCGCUUUUGAGAAGGUCACUCCGAAGAGAGUUAUCAUGGAUCCAAAGUUGAGAACUAGCUUUUUGAUGAUAUUGUUUAUGUAUUUUUAUGUAGGAUUGGCAGUUUACAUCACAGAUUUGAACGGAGCAGAUAUGACAAAGAACUUGUAUUUGGGACAGUUUCUUGCUGGUUUGGUGCUUUCUAUUGCACAAUUUAUAAUCGGAAUGACAGAACCGUACCUGACUGGUAUGGGUCGACGUGUCCUCUUCCUCCUCUCUCAACUCAUUGCUAUCAUCUGUUAUAUUCUCAUUGUAAUCUGUCUCUAUCUUGACUGGAAAGGCUCAUUCCUCUACCUCACCGCCUACACUCUAGCCUAUGCAUCUCAAUCGAUUUGUCUGGAAGCUGCCUACCUGUCAUUAGUAGAGUUAAUGCCAACAGAUGUGAGAGCAACUGUUGGAUCAAUGGCUAACAUUUGUAUGAAGAUUGCAACGAUUCUGGCAACGCAGACGCAAAGCCUGAAAUACAACUACGAGCCAUUCUUGUUCUUCAUCAAUUUGGUGGUUUGUACAAUUGGAAUGAUUCUGGUCUUCUUCUGUUUAGAGGAAUCCCGAGAAGCUGAUAUGAAAAUGGUUGGUCAAACCGCAGUUGGAAAGAUCUUUUGCUAUGAUGAAGAAGUGACUCCACCAGGAAUCAAUGCACAUGAUCCAAGUCCUCCGAGAGAUGCGAACACUCCAGAAGAUCCAAAGAUGGACAAGCAACUUCCAUUGGCUAUUGCGGAGCCAGUGACUGCAAAACCACUUGUUUCAAAAGAGCAAUUAAGGAUUAUUGAGAAAAAUAAUGAGAGGAAUCGACCGAUUGUUGAGAAACCGAAGAAAGUUCUGGAAGAACUUGCAAAGAUUCCAGAUCCGGUGAAGAAACAAUUGGAGAAUGAGAAGGCGUCGACUGAUGAGAGUCUGAAGACAAUUGAAAUAACAAAGAAGUCAGAGGAGUCGAAAGAAAAUACUCUUGAGACGAAAACAGGGGAAACUAAAAUUGUUUUGCCGAAAUCUGUGAAGAAACCAGUGGAAGAGCCGAAGGAUCCAAUGCCUGAAUCUACGGAUGACUGGCAACCAAAUUCAAAAAACACAAAAUCUGGUCAGAAGCCACUGGGCAAACGUCCAUCGUUGAAAAAUUUCAGUCGAUAUGAUAACGAGUCAGAAGAGGAGUAG